CAAAGAUGGUGGACAAUCGUGUGGUAAACGCAUGUUGGUACAUUUAGGCCCAGCAAAUAUCAACUGAUAUUGUAUCUAAAAUGUCAGGGGCUGUUGCACACAAUAUCAGCGAGAAAAGGAGAACAAAUGACGUCCUCAUCAGUGAUAACAUUGAUUUUGCAGGCCUGCUAUUAUCUCAUCCGGUCCUGCAAGGAUUGAAAAGUUCUGGGUUCGAAAGGCCUUCCCCUAUACAAUUGAAGGCAAUUCCACUGGGAAGAUGUGGCUUAGACCUAAUUGUCCAGGCAAAGUCAGGAACAGGGAAAACUUGUGUUUUUUCUGUUAUUGCUCUUGAAGGUUUGCAAACAGCCAGCUUUGCAUUACAGGUGUUGGUGCUGGCUCCAACCAGGGAGAUCGCAAUCCAGAUCUGGGAUGUGAUUCGUGGAAUUGGAAGGAAUGUGUCGCGUCUCUCCUGUCAGACUUUCAUAGGAGGCAUGCCUCUUCAGGAAGACCGACAGAAGCUUAAAAAAUGUCACAUCGCCGUUGGAACACCAGGUCGUAUCAAACAAUUGAUUGAAAAUGGAAUGAUGACAACAGACAGUAUAAGGAUGUUUAUUUUGGAUGAGGCAGACAAGUUACUGGAGGAAGGUUUUCAGGAACAAAUCAAUUGGAUCUACUCAUCCCUACCUGAGAACAAGCAGAUGCUGGCCUUGUCUGCUACAUAUCCAGAAUAUUUAGCUCAACACCUGACUGCUUACAUGAGGAAUCCUACCUUUCUCCGUCUCAACAUCUCUGAUCCUGCUCUUCUUGGAAUUAACCAGUAUUUCCGAUCCGUGCCCUUUCAUCCAUUGCCACACAAACAAUUUGAGAACAAGACCAAGGUUGUCACAGAGAUACUUUCCUCUGUGAAUUUCCAGCAGUGUCUGAUCUUCUCAAACUUACAAACAAGAGCACAGAACAUGGCAGACACCCUGACAAGUCUAGGAUGGCCAACCGCAUGUAUUGCUGGACGUCUGGAUCAAAAGGACCGGAACGAGGCCAUGAGUAAACUGAAGACCUACAAGUGCCGGGUUCUAAUAUCUACUGAUCUGACAUCCAGAGGAAUUGAUGCAGACAAAGUGGAUUUGGUCAUGAACCUGGACAUUCCCAAAGACCACGAGACAUAUCUCCACAGGAUCGGGCGGGCAGGGAGGUUUGGAACAUUCGGUGCUGCGGUUACCAUCAUCAGCCAAGGGCAGGAGGAGCUUGAUCUUCAGUCAGUAGAGGAGAAAUGUAACACUCAUAUCUCACCACUACCCGAUCCAAUACCCAAGGAUCUACCAAAGUCUGAAUGUAGAAUUACCAUUGAUGAUGUGGUCUCCUCAGAACAGAUCAAAACUUCACCAAAACACCAGAAGACCUUCCUUCAAAGGAAAAGGGGCAACAGACGAAACAAAAAUAAACAAAGCAAAGAUUCAUCACACGAACAGAAAGACGAUCAAACAAACUUACAGGAAGAUAAAUUAGUGAUAAUUGACGAGAUGUCGUCAGAUAAACAAAAUGACGACUUGAACACAAAUGGGUUUGACAGUACUCUCACAGAAACAGUGGAUAGUACAGGACCUGAUCAGAACGAAGCACAGAAAAACAAGAUGGUUGACAAGAUAACUGAGGGGUUUAGUGACAUUUCCUUCAAGCAUGAAGUGAAAACAACAGCUCUUAUGGGCAGUGAUAAAGACUCAGAAACGGAGGAUCUGAAUUCAAAUCUCUUUACUGGUGAAAACUGUGACAAUUUUACAUAUCUUCCAUCAAGUGGAAGUGAUGUAACUAAUUCUAGUUUACUUCCUCAAAUUCCGUCCUUUAAAACUUCUGUGUGUUACAGACCUGUCUCCAACCCUCAUACCUAUGACAGUGCUAAAUUAGACUUGGAGCAUUACAAGAAUAAUGAUGAUAAAUACGAGACAGUGGAUGCUAACGACAAACAAUUCAAGGUCAAGGUUACUAACAAUGCUCGGCGCUCUGUUGAUCAAGCAGUCAAAGAGGAUUUACGACGGAAAGUAUACCUUGUUCUUCAGAACCCCAAAAGUUUGACUGUAUCUGAUAGAGUUGUGCAACCGGAUGUGACGGACAGUACCGCAUUGAAACCACUGUCAGUGUUAGUUACUAAUGGAAAAAGUGAGCGACAAAAUGUAUCUGAUGAGAAGGACAUUAGUGUACAACAACGUGACAGUGGUUUGUUGACAGUAUGUACUCAGGUGAAGAAAACUGUUAUUCCGUCAGAACAGUCUAGCCAGGGCAGUGAUAACGUCCAGGAACAAAUUGUCUGGGACAGUGGUACAGCUGGGGAUCAUGUGCCAUCUACCAUCCUCAGGUCUGUACCGAAAUCACAUGCUGACCGAUACAAGGAAAAACAAUCAAAAGUCUGUCAUUCUAAAUCCACUACCAAAAGUUCUGGCACAAGUAAAUCCUCUAUUGCAAGGACAACUGUUGAUUCACACGACAUUCCAGUAGACGAUAAUCCCGAGCCCUCUCAGGCAUUAACGACUGCAAUUGCAAAUGUUAUGAAAAGGAUACUGAGUCAUGAAAAGUGUAGUAAAAAACAAUUAGAAGAAAAGGUUUUUAGAUUUUUGAAAAGAUCCAUACAAACUGAAGAGAGGUUGAAAAAUGACGAUGGAGAGGAAAAUGAAGAGUCUGAUCUAUCAGAGACCGACUCAUCGUCUGAUAGUGAUUCAUCAGGAGAGGAAUCGGACGACGAGAGGACACAGGUAGAGGAGGAAGACCCAGUAGAUGAUUAUCUGGAAGAGGAUGAUUGUUACGAGGAGUAUCUACACGAUAAAGAAUACAGAAAUCAGACAGAAUGGGACGAAUGUAUAGAACAUGGUGAUGAUGACGAUGAUGAAUAUGUAAAUUAUGAUACAUAUGGUGAAAAUCCUGGAGUGUCAGAAUAUACACCACAAUACUCUCAGUGGAAUGCGUGGGGGUAUCCCUGUCCUGUCUCGCCCUAUUACUACCAAUACCCUGUCUACUGGUGCUAUCCGAUGUGUUAUCCUGGUUAUCCGCCCCUCGGGUACCAGCCGUGGGGCACCAACACGCAAACUCAGCAAUACCUACAGACUGUCAUGAACAAUCAAGCCCAUUACAUCCAUCAAAUGCUGCACAGAACAUAAGUCUCUUUUUCCGUUGGAUGUGACAUAGUGAUAAGAAAAUAUGUAUGUUUUAAUGUGGACUUAUGUGGCCAUUUCUAAUAACACUAAUUAGUUAUCAAACAUUUUUUUUCCGUAGGGUCCUUGCUAAUUUGAUAGAUAUAUUUUGGUCAUUUCUAAUAACAUUCGAUCAUGAAACAAUUUUCUGUAGCAUGCUUUCCAAUCUGAAUAGAAUACAGACCAACAUUAUACACUCCGUUCAUAACAGUGUAUACCUGGUAAUGAUAAUCUGUAUUUUUAUUAGAAUGGGUCCUUGCUAAUUUGAUUGAUACUACUGUGUCAUCUAGAUGGAUUUGAAAUCCUUUUCUAUACAAGUUGUUAUGAAUUAUUAUUGUACAUGUUGAAUCUAGCAAUGCAAGUUGUUUUGGGCUUCUAUAUGUAAAACUAAGCUUCAAUUUUAUAAUUGAUUAAAACAUUGAUAUGAA